CGCGCCCUUUCGGCGGCCAGAUGCCGGCAGUCCAGCGCGUCUCAACCGUCAGCAUGCCACUCUCGCUGGACCCCUUCUCGGGCCUGAGGCGGCUGGACUUACACGAUCAAGCGAGCCUAUCCACCGAGGAGCUAGUAUCGGUACUUGGUCGAUCCCCGGAGUUGGAGGUAAUUGUCCUCGGCAUUGUCGAACGGAAUUGGUCGGACAACACCGCCUACCCGACGACGACAGUCGACCUCCCUUGCUUGAAGUUCCUCUUCCUUGCAGGAUUGCAAGACGACGUCCUCCACACUGUCGCCCACAUCACGUUCCCGGCGACAACGGAAGUCAACCUGCGGCUUGUUGGCCCCUCGAGCUCAGAGCGCGACAUAACGCGGCAUUGCCACUCGCUCCGGUCCAUCACAUCUGUGGCCCAAGACCUCGUCUUCGCGUACUCAAACAUGGCGGAUGAAGAUAAUUACGUCAUCAGCAUGUCUACUCCAGAUGAAAGGCUGACUGUGAGCUGGGAGUGGGACAUGGAGCGUGAAGACAACGCCGAGGAUGGUCAGCCAUCGUUGAGGUUCGAGCUAAUGAACCUGCCCGCCGUGCGGUCUGUCAGGAUUGUCGGGCUCCCCCAGACCGCCUGUAUCGCGCAGGCCGAAUGGCAACGCUUCCUCGACCUUAUGCCGUCGCUCCAAAGCAUCGAGUUCGCCACGUCGUCGGAACCCUUGACCCGGAUAGAUGUACUGUCUCCGAUGUUGGAGGCUCUGUCGCAGCCAGUGGCGUACCCCGGGAAGCCAAAUGUUGUCGGACUCCGGUGUUCCGACCUGAGGACGGUGUGGCUGUCGGACGCAAGUUGGGGGCCGCCAGACGCAGACGUGACACAAGCCUUCGUGGUGUAUGUCGGAGCCCGAUUGCGUUGGGGGAUGAGGCAGGAGUUCCGCGUCGAUUUUUCGACUCGCUGAUUCACAGAGGAGCGGGCGAUCGGCGGGGUAGUGACCAACGGAUGCCAUCUACAAUUCGGGAGCCCAAGAUUCGAUGGGAUGACUCGGAGGGAGAUUUAGUGGAGAGCAAUAGCUCAUGGUUAGGCUGGAGGUAAGCUUAUGUGUUAGUUUCAUGAUCCCAUAGAUACCAUGAAGUGCUCACGCGGUCAGAGUUGUGUGCGUAUUGUUUCUGGUGCAGUAUUAACGAUGUAUCCUCAAAUGUGUCGUCUUUG